AUGAACUCAUCUUACCAGCAUCUGCCGGGGGUGGAUCCAGAAAAUUCAGAAAAGGGUGGCUGGGAUACUUGCCCACUUGCCAGCUAUAUAGAAACGUUUUAUUGUUCUGAGAAUUCUAUAAAAAUAAUACAAAACAAUUUCAAGGAAAAAAGGCCCCAUAAUUGGCCCACCCCUAAAUCUGCCCUUACUAUUGCUUAAUGUCACAGCUCCUUUGUUACUGAGAAGAAGCUGACAGCUGCCUGAAUCAGGGUGAGAUGAAAAUUAAAACUCAUUGCCCUUGGGGCAAACUGUUGCUGAAGUUUAGUGGCCACAGUAAAGCAUUCAUGCUGGUCAACCAACCCCAGUCCCCUUUUCUGUAGCAUUUCAGAUUACUCUUUAUCUUGGCAAAUGCUGCUUACUCACUGGACACCCCAUGAGUUGCCUCACUUGAGCCCUGUGCUAUCAGAUAAUUAUACAGGGUGUUCCAAAAGUUUGUUCCUCUAAUUUCAUGUGCUAUAACUUUUGAUCAAAACUUCAUUUUUACAUGAAAUUUCUAAAAUAUGUUUCUUACUCUAUCGAGUACUUGUGUUCAGAAGUUCAGUUACCAGCAUCCCCCCUUUGUUUUUUAUCACACCCUGUGGCCGUUUCGGCAUUAAGUGAGAUAAGCCAUGUAGCAUGUAGAGCCCUAGAUGAUUCAUUUUGAACUUUUUUAUCACCUAGUAUGUAGGCUUUUGUACAUUAUGCUUUUGCUUCCCUACUAAAAUGCUCCACCUUAAUGCUCCAUUUUUCCCACUAAAUGCUCAGUCUCCCCAAAAAGGUCACUAAAAGGCUCGGAUAAUGCUCAUUAUACAAACGUUUUUUAAAAUUAAUUUCAAAGUUUACCCUUACAAAAACGUGCAAGUGUUGCAAGUAACAUCGACAACGUGUACAAGUUCAUAAAUACAGCCAAAAAAACAGUAUUAGGUUUUUUGUGAAUUUUGAAUUUUAGUCUUCAUUUCUCCAAACUUUGCUUUCCGUGAACCUACUCCGGACUUAACUUGCUAACUGUUGUAAGAUCUACCUCGCUGGGUUUUCUGUUUUGUACAUGGCCUUGUUUAAAACUACUUUAGCAGUUUUAUUCAGGACUUUCGGUCUUCCCUCUUGUUUCUUGUCUGUAAAACCUUCAUUUCUCUAUGACCAUCUUACCUCCCAACAUUCGGAUUUUUCCAUUUUUUUAUUGAAUUUCUUUAACUGAAAAGCCAGUAAAUAGAAAUACAUGCUUCUGCUCGCACGUGGCUGAGUGUUUUUAUUGUUGAGAGGUUUUAUCUUUCAGGAUAUUCACACAAAACAAGUUAGGAGUUCGAGCAUUUUGGGCUACAAAAUGCAAAAAAUAUAUGGCGGGAAAAUUUACUCGCGCAGCGCACCUUUGGCGUGAAAUACACAAAUCGAAUUUCGAGACAAAAGAUGGCACAAGAAGUAUGAAAUAUUAAAUUAGAUUGAAAGUCACAACUUUAGUUUAAAUUAUGCGCUGAUCAAGUCCAAUCGUACUGCGUUACAGACUUAUAUAAAGGAGAGGAACGAACUUUUGGAACACCCUGUAUAGCCCUUUGUUACAUCCUGUCAAUGGUGUGCCAAAAUGGUGACAGAUUAUAGUGAUGAAAAAAAUUGUGAAAAAUUGACUGUUUUGAUGAAUUUGUAUACUUUAAAAAACUAUGAAAUCUGUACAUUCAAUAAUAAAAAAAAUAUGCCAUUGGCCAACUUAAACCAUAAGGUUAAGUCACAACAAUUAUUCAAAAACAUCUAUAAGAGAAACUUGAAUGUUAAAUGUGUCUGUUACUCAGCUUUUAAAACAUCAUGUACAAUUCUUUCUAACUUUCUAAGCUUGUUGUAAAUCUUUAUACCAUAAAUUUUCAUCAAUUGGUCUAUUAAAAUCUCAUUCUAGAAAAAUCACAUAAAUUGACAAGACUAGACUUUUAUGGAUGGAUUAUACCUUUUUAAAUGCAAAUUCCUGACUCCCUUUAAAUGGUAAAAAAAGAAAAUAACAUUAUUAAAAAUAUUUUCAGCAAUAUGUUCAAGAUGCAAUAAUGAUUCAAGCAGAACGGACACUUCUCUAAUACAGACACCUCUAUUAUUAUGGACAGUUUCCAAUGUCCCGACAAAAUUCUCAUGUAUUUUCUUUAACCCAUUCGCCCCUGAACCGCCCGUAACCGCCCGUGGAUCCUCGUCCUUUCUACCCUUUGUGACGUCAUCAGUUUUAACGGUCAAGGACAACUUUGUCCGCUAACUUGUGCAGAGUGAAGAGAUCUUUCAAACCAUACCAGAAUGAGCACAAUUCAGUCAAGGACACCGCAGAAAGAGGCAAAAAACCAUGUAACAUUGACCUGAAAAUCUCCAUGAAAAUCUUGUUCCAUUGCCCACCAACCUUUCCUUCACCUAAUCCUAAGAUCCUAAAUGCUUUUCUAAAAACUAUUCCCACCAAAAUGAAGCCUACCAAAUGCCCAGCAAGAGAAAAAAAAUGAGGCAAGAAAAGCGAAAAAAGAGGGGAGGAGAGAAAGCAAAAAGUAAAAGUCAAGACUGCUGUGUCACUUUUAAACCCAAAAACUGUCAAAAUUUUGCUUUCUGUGCAUGCCCAAACUUCGCAAGCUGAUAUUUUGCAUCUGGAUCAGAAGGCCAUGAAGUGUACGACCUGUAAACCGGUUUGUGGUAAGUUUUAGCUCUCUAUAGCACGACAGUGACCAGAAAACCACUCGACUAGCUAGCUAAUACGGACUCUCUCUAAUACGGACAAUGGGCACUAAAUCUUGGCCCGAGAGAGUAAAUUAAUAUAAACUUAACCUCUUUACUAUGGACACUGUAGUGAUCGGGUGAAUACCGGAUCCCGAUCAGGUGAAGUUGCACAGGGUAAAUCCCAUCUAGUCUGGUUGAUGAGCUAGGCAAGGUGACUUCUAAAGCCCAGUUGCCAUAAUAAUUUGCAAAAGGUUUACAGAGGAAAAUAACCAACUUUUUGAAGGCUUCAGUAACUACAGAUAGCAUCAAAGAUCUUUUGUGUUACAUUUUUUACUCUAGUUACUGUUAAUACUGUCUUGCAAAAUAGCGAAAGACACUUUCAGAAUUGUGCAAAUACGGUACAACUUUUUACAUGCAGCAUUGCGCUGUAGCUCGUUUUGUCUUAAAGCAGUGAUCAUGAUUUGUCUACGACUGUUCGUAUGUAGGUGAUAUGUACAAUUUUGUAUGCUACUGAAAGACAGUGUCUUUGUACUGUGAAUUAAUAAACUUAAAUGCAGUUUAAAGACGUGUAAGCCUGGUUCUAGCUACUGAACACUUAAAACUGAAAGUGGAGUCAUAAAAGUGACGUCAUCAUAGUGAUCAGCUCUUUUAUAUGGACACCUCUCUAAUACAACUGUACGGACACUUCACUCUGUCCUUUUGGUGUCCGUAUUAAUUAGAGAGGUUUGACUGUAAUGGGUUCGAUUCCAAGAAAUCAAUUUCAGGGAACUUAACCUACUUUCUGACAUUUAAAGCAACUGAUCGAGUUGAAAUAAUAAUUAUUGCCAAAAAAGUUUAAAAAAUGCAAAGACUUCUUAAUACUAGAAGUAUACUACUUUUACCACAAAAAACAAACUAAAAACAAGGGUUAUUUGUUGCCUGACUCACAACUUACAGUUGACUGUGUUUUGAGUAAACUGUAAUGUGUAGUUCCAGAAAACAUCCAUAAUAUCCCCCCCCCCCACACCUACGGAGGGCACUAUUACUUUAGACCACCCUCACCCCUAUAAUUUCCAUUCCAUUCAAGCAGUAUAACCCUUUGAUACAUCAGCAGUUAAUAGAGUCAAGAUUCAAGCUGUGAUACAUAUAUAUGCUACCACUAAAAGGCCACGAGGCAAAUCCACACAGUUGUUUCAAGCUGUUGGGCAACACAACGUGAGACUAAAUGGCAAGCUCCUGAGAGAAGAGAGCCAAGACAUAUGGUCCAGCAGCUGUUAGAGAGGCCCAAAUAGCAGUGUCUGUUCAUUCUUGGCUAACUAUGCUUUAACAUAGCAGCAUUUCGUGGCUGCUGGAGCAGAGCGUGAGCAACAGACUGCCAUCUUCAAAACAGAAUGGAAGACCAAUCUAGUGGCAAGAAGAGUUUUAAGAGGACGAAAGUCUGAAGAAAGUGCCAUAUAGUGGUCAAAUAAGUUGUAGACUGUCCUUAAGUUUUCCUAGUGUUUUCCGAUCGAAUGCUUUUCAAACCAUCCACAAAAAUGUCAGGAUAUUCUUAACACAUUACAACCCUUCAUUUUUUAAUUCAUUUUUUUUUCUUAGAAAUCACGUGAUUUUGCAUACCUUUGUGAUUUCGUUACCAUGUUUGGAUACACUGUAAUGCAAGUCCUCCUUGUGUGAUCAACAUGAAAAUAUUUUCCCAUAUGUCGAAUUUGAUAAACUUCAAAAGAGGAAAAAUUAAUAUAAUUGAGGUUCCUUGGCUUGUUUCAUUUUUGUAUAAUACAUUACAUCAAUCCGGAACAGUUUUGUCCAGUGUACUAAUGAGUCAGUAGAGCAUCUAUGAAAGAACCAGUAAACAAUAAACAAUUACCUCCUUUCAGUUAAAAACAAGUUAGAUGAAGGCUGAUAGAACAUGACCAUAACACAGAGAAUACCACAAUUAUAUUGUGAAAUAAUAAAGCAAUGAGCUGGAUGACCGGCAUUAUUAAUUCAUGAGCCGCUGACAUUCAUAUUAGAUACAGUCAUGUAGACUACAUUCAUACAGGUAAGCUGUGAAAAAAGCAUUCAGCUAUAUUAAACUGUUAUAAAUGUAAGAUCAUCAAUAAAAACAAUAAUUCUUGUUUCAAAGUCCCGGGAAAAAAAGACCUUGAGAAUCUGUCCCCACCCCCUUGGAAAUUGCCUCCUCUUGGACCCCCUUCCCAUUGAAAUUUCUGAUGUCCUCCGUGGGGGGAAGUAUAAACCGCAUCCUGGUGUGGAGGAUAACAGUUUCCAUUUUCUCAUAAACCUAUGCAGUUAUGCAUGUAAUAUAGCUCCUGGAGUCACUGCAAGUUUUUCCUUAAAUUUUUUAAACAGUUUAUUGUUGUUAAUGAUGUACAUGUAUUUUCUGCUGACACUAAACAUGAAAGGCAUUUUAAAAUAACCUCAGUGAAUUGGUAAUGAACAAAUGUAAACACAGCACUGGUUUAUUCAUUAAAAGUUCUUCCAUGAAUCAAGUGAACUCACUCACUUCAAUUCCUCAUGAACCUAUUGUUGUGGUGCAUAAAGCUACCAUGGUGGCCAAUCAUUUACAUAAAACUGGUAUUAAAUGAGGUACAGUAACACCAGCAAAUAAGAACCUACUUUUUUUAAAGUCUGGCAAAAUAGGUUAUUGUAUUUUGGGGUACUUAAUGGCAAUUUAGGCUAUGUAGGUUCUUAACUAGGUUCUUAGUUUUUACAUAUGAAGCAGAUAGAUUGUUGAUUUAAAAUCACAAAAAUAAAUUAACUUUUAAGUUAUUCAUAAUAAUUGUAUUAUGUCAUAUAACCCUAACAAAACUGAUGGCCAAAUUUCUUGUUAGUCUCAACUGCAGAUUCAGAAUCUGUAAGCCAUGUUUUGUUCCUUGUAUUUAGUCCACAAAAGGGAAGACAUGGUCCCUGCAGGGUUGAACAUAGCGGAGACCAUGGAAAGAGGGCAUAUAAAGAAUUGCGGCAUGACUCAGGAGCCACUAAUGUUUUGUGA